AUGGACGAGUUCAUCCACUGCUGCGACGUGCUCCUCGUGAAUGGCAGCGCCGGGUCCGCGGCCCAGCGAGAUGCCCACGACCGCCUCCUCCGCUUCCAGAUGGACCCGACCUCGUGGCAGCUCGUGCUCCGCGUGCUCAUGUCCUCGGCGGCCGGCGCGUCGGUCUCGGAGGCCGCGCUCUUCAUUGCAGCGCGGCUGCUCCGGAGCGCGAUCCCAGUGCUGGACGCACCCGACCAAGUCCAUGUGCGCGACCACUUGCUGCAGUUUCUGUGUGCCGACCGGCCGCGGACGUCGGCGUCGGUGCGCCCUGUCGAGCGACUCGUGUGCCUCGCACUCGCGAGCGCCGUCGUCCAGAUCCAGCAAGAUUGGCCGUCGUGGAAGGAGCGCCUGCACAGCACGCUUUUGCAAAACCAAGCGUCGCCGCACGGGCUGCUGCUACUGCUCGAGGUGCUCGCGGGCAUUCCUGGUGAGAUCUACUCGCAGUGCUCGCUCGCCGAGUCCGUGCCCCAGGUCGCCACGAUGGUCCAAGCUUUCCAGAAGGACGCGAUCCACGUGUUGCAUCUCGUCCGGGACACGCUCGUCUCCAUGCCGGACGCUGCGUUCGUUGCACUCACGUGCCUCCAAAACUGGGGCCACGACGUCAUGCCGGUGGUUGAGAUUGAGUUUGGGCUGUGCUCGGUCGACUUGAGCGAAGGGUACGUGCAGCAUCGCCAGUGA